AUGAAGGUCAUGGGCAAGCUCGCAGAAUUCCUUGGCCUAGAUGCCGACGUAGUCAGCAAAGAGAUGAAGGCACUGGACUUCGACGCCAACAACCUCGUCUCCUUUGCCGAGUUCGUGCUCUGGGCAGACAAGCACACCAUUGGCAUCCCGCUUGGCAUCGCCAUCCCGGACAAGCGAGAGUGGAGGAAAGGUAUGCCAGCCCAUUGGACGACGAUUCCACCGCCCAGCCCUGAGGAGGAGGCUGCUCUCAAAGCAUCGACGGCCGGCGUGGCCGUUGGCAAGGCGAAGAAAGCCAAAGCAAAGAAGGCAUCUGUGCCGGAAGAUCCGGACACAACAGAGUUGGAGGACUUCAUCGCUGCAGCCAAAGACGCUGAGUGGGAGAAGGUUUGGGAAAUUCUGGAGAGACACCCGGGGUAUGUAAACAUGCGACCUCCGUACCGCCGCUACUCUGCAAUACACCAGGCAUGCUUUCAUGGAGAAGCUGAUGUCGUCCGGAAAUUCGUCGAGGAGUGGAAAGCAGAUCCGCUGCUCAAGACCAAGGAUUCGGAGACUCCCGAGGAUGUUGUGUGUGCCCCGGAGCUUCGAUGCAUCAUUUUAGCUUUUGGACGUCAUUAUUCUGAAGCCGGUGAGACCUCUCCCGCCAAUGCAGCAUGCAAGGAAGCAGACGAUACCAAGACCAAGACGCGCUUUGCUGGAAAGCGCGUCCUGGUGACGGGUGGAGCAAACGGCAUUGGGCGCCAGAUUGCUGAGGCCGGGCCCAUUGAUAUUUUGAUCAACAACGUCUGUGUGCAGCUUGAGGCCUCAUGUCACGAGCACAGUCUUGAGGACUGGAACAAAACCUUGGCUAUCGGUCUGACCUCCUAUUUUCUUUUCUCCAAGCUCUGCCUACCCCACAUGUUGGAGAAAGGCUGUGGUGCGAUUAUCAACAUCGCUUCCGUACAGGGAAGCCAAUCCCAGCAACGCAUUCCAGCAUAUGCCGCGGUCAAAGGGGGUGUCCUUUCGCUCACGAGACAGCUGGGGGUCGAGUACGCUUCUAAGGGCGUACGGGUGAACUCUGUCAGCCCCGGAACGAUUGCAACUCCACUGGUGGCGGGUAUUCUCGAGCGGGCUGGCACUACCCGCGAAGCAGCAGGGCAGGCAUACCCGAUGCGCAGGAUCGGAGAACCGAACGAGGUUGCCAAGGUCGUUCUUUUCCUCGCGUCUGAUGAUGCCAGUUUCAUAACAGCCGAGAAUAUUACGGUGGACGGAGGCAUCACCAGCCUGGGAGGCAUGGCAGAAUUGUACAGCGAGGCCCAGGAGAACGGCAACGACGAAGUGGUCACCUAUCUCCAGGAGAAGCAAAGUGAGGAAGCCGAGUCUGAUGAGGAUGAGGAAGACGACGAGCCACCCUUGAAGAUGAUGCGGGGUGGGGGUUGCGAGCUCGAUCCUGAAGCGCUAAUGGAGAAAGCGAACGAGGCGAUAGAGCAUGCGAAGUGGCAGCAAUGGGACGAGAUGCUCGCCAUCUUCGAGUCCUACCCAGGCUGUCAGAACAUGCGCCCGGAGUAUCGAAGGUUUGCCGCGAUCCAUCAGGCCGCCUAUGCGGGAGACGCCAAGAUCUUGAAGAAGAUGGUCGACUGCGGUGCCAACCCAGGCCUGCUGACCCGAGACAAGGAGACGCCUCUGCAGAUCGCCGAGGCCGAGGGCAACUCGGACGCAGCCGCUUUCCUUGAGUCCCUGGAGGUCUCGGCUGAGAGCGCGGCGUUAAUCCAGGAGGCGCACAAGGUGAUUGAUGCUGCCAAAGAAGGGAAGUGGGACAAAACCUUCGAACUCCUCGAAGCCUGCAAAAAUCCAGAUCAAGUCGUGAACUGCCGGCCAUCCGUGCGCCAAUACGGCGUACUUCAUCAAGCUGCAUUCCACGGCGACAUCGAGGUCCUGAGGAGGCUGCUGGAGGACUUCAAGGCCAACGUGAAGCUCCUCACCAAGGAUGGGCAAAGCGCGCUGCAGAUUGCCCAGAACGGCAGCCAAGAGGCAGCAGCCAAGUAUUUGGAGGCGUGCGUGCCCAGCAUCCAGCUCGAGGAUGACUUCGUAAAGUAUCCCGAGCAG